CAAAAUCGCUGAUCGUAAUUUCCACGCACUUAUCUUAAAACAGAUUUGACGGAUCUGCACGCCACGUGGCACGCGAUGACGGGUCCUUCCCAGCUAUAAAAGCCUCUGAUGGGUUUCGUCCCGUUGCCGGUUCGGAUCAUAUAGACGCACCUGCAGGGCAUCUGUAGGUAGCCUGGCGCGGAACGCUGCAAGAUGUGCUUAACGGCACCCGACCGGUCGGCCUGUACAUUGUUCACAGGUCAGUUCGCCAUUAUUAUUGAAGAAAACAUCAAUAUAAGAAGCUUCAAAGCGCAGAGAGAAGUUCCGCGUGAAUUGAGCUGCCGUGGUGAGACUCGUACUCGCGAUCUCUUCUAUUGCGGGGACGGUUGAGGGAUUAGAUUUGCAGCAGGCGGCCUCUGUUUCCGGUGUCCGAAACAAAAUACAUUGUUCACAGGUGCGACAUUAUUAUUGAAGUAAAUAAAAAUAGAAGAAAAGCUUUGCAAAGCUGAGAACACGUCCGCGUGAAUUGAGCUGCCGCGGUGAGACUCGAACUCGCGAUCUCUUCGAUCGCGGGGACGGUUGAGGGUUUUGAUUUGCAGUAGGCGGCCUCUGUUUCCGGUGUCGGAAGCAAAAUACAUUAUUCACAGGUCAGUGCGCCAUUAUUAUUGAAGUAAAUAGCAAUAAAAGAAAAGCUUUGCAAAGCUUUGAAGAGGUCCGCGUGAAUUGAGCUGCCGUGGUGAGAUUCGAACUCGCGAUCUCUUCUAUCGCGGGGACGAUUUAGGGUUUGAAUUUGCAAUAGGCGGCAUCUGAUUCCCGAAUCAAAAUGGAGAAGAUGAAGAAAGGGAAUCUAAAGGAGAAUAUUCUGCUGGGGAAGUACAAGAUGGGGCGUCUGCUUGGGCAGGGCAACUUUGCCAAGGUGUACUGCGCAAGGAAUCUGGAGACGGGUGACAGCGUGGCAGUGAAAAUGAUGGACAAGGAGAGCAUUACACGUGUCGGGAUGAUGGAGCAGAUUAAGCGAGAGAUUUCUAUCAUGCGAUUGGUCCGACACCCGAACAUUGUCCAGCUGUAUGAGGUGAUGGCCAGCAAGGCAAAGAUUUACUUCGUGAUGGAAUACGUCAAAGGAGGUGAGCUGUUCAACAAGGUGUCCAGAGGGAAAAAGCUCAAGGAGGACGUGGCACGCAAGUAUUUCCAGCAGUUGAUCAGCGCCGUCGAUUUCUGCCACAGCCGUGGGGUCUACCACCGCGAUCUCAAGCCCGAAAAUCUGUUACUUGACGACAACGGCAAUCUCAAAGUCUCCGACUUCGGCCUUAGCGCGUUGCCAGAUCAGUUCCGUCAGGACGGGCUUCUCCACACGACAUGUGGCACGCCUGCCUACGUUGCACCUGAAGUGAUCCUACGUAAGGGCUACGAUGGUGCCAAGGCGGACAUCUGGUCAUGUGGCGUCAUCCUAUUCGUCCUCCUCGCUGGCUACUUGCCCUUCCACGAUGCCAACCUGGUAUUGCUCUAUAAAAAGAUAUACAAAGCCGAGUUCAAAUUUCCAGCCUGGAUCUCGCGUGACGUCAGGAGAAUCAUCUCGAAUAUUCUUAUACCGGAUCCGCGUACACGCGUCAGUAUCCCGCAGCUCACGGCGACCCCGUGGUUUAGAAAGGACUUGAAACAAGAGCCUGCACACGUCAUAUGUGAUGACAUGGACAAGAACAUUGAUGACGUGGACUCCGCGUUUGAGUCCAAGCCGACGUGCCUCAACGCUUUCGACAUUAUAGCCCUCUCCGUGGGGUUAGACCUGUCGGGUCUGUUUGUUGACAAGGCUGUAAAGCGCGAGUCCCGUUUCACGUCGAAACAGUCAGCGUCCAGCAUAAUGUCCAGGCUGGAAGAGAUUGCCACGGUGUUGAAGUUUCGGGUGAAGAGAAAGGAAGGGAAGGUGAAAAUGCACGGGUCGGAGCAAGGGCGCAAGGGACACCUCGCAAUAGCUGCUGAGGUGUUUGAGGUGGCACCUUCGUUGUGCGUUGUGGAGGUAAAGAAGGCCGGGGGUGACACGCUGGAAUAUAAUAAGUUUUGCAGCCAAGAUUUGAGGCCUGGUUUGAAAGAUAUUGUGUGGGCUUGGGAAGGGGAUGAUGUUCAUGUUGGGGCUUGAUAUUUUUAUGGUUUGGUACCUAAAGAGCUUUGUGCAUAGUUGGGAGCUUCCUGUAAUAUAAUGCUGAGUGGAUCAAAAUAAUAUUUAUAUUAUUAUUAUGUUAA